AUGAAGUACAGAAGUAAUAAAAAUACUGACCAUAACACAAGGACGUUGCUUGUGUUGAUAGCAGUCGGGCUCAUAUUACUGGUCAUACCUACCGUAUCGGUGUUUUGGGACACUCAAUACCGAAUAAUAAUUUUUGUAACAAGAAUAGCAGUGGGAUCUAAGUAUUAUGAAAUUUUUGCACGGGAAAAUGCGGGUCCUUUCUUACAAGUCUACGUGUUUAACGUCACCAAUGCUGAAGCGUUCCUCUCCGGCGAAGACCACAAGCUACGCAUCGAAGAAGUUGGACCUUUUACUUACCAAGAAUACAGAAAAAAUGAGAAGUUCGAAGUCGAUGAAGAAGCUGGUGUAAUGAGGUACAUACCACGCACCAGGGCAGAGUUCCGACGCGAACAAUCCAUUGAUGAUCCAGAACGUGUUAAUAUUACAGUCCCGAACGCUGCAAUGUUGGCAAUAUCUUCUAUGGUCAGUUCUUACCCGUACUGGACCAAAUAUGCGUUCAAUAUUAUGGCGAACCGUCUGCAAUCGAAGCCCAUAAUAGACAUCAAUGUCCACAGCCUCCUGUGGGGCUACGAUGAGCCUUUGAUAGCGUUAUCUAAUACUCUGAUGCCGGGCUGGAUUACUUUCAGCAAAAUGGGCAUUUUGGAUCGAUUGUACGAUCAGUCGUCUUCACCUGUGUUAGAGAUGAGCAUAGCCAAUUUGGACAAGUUCCAGGUGAAGAAAUCAGAUGGCUACGCUGGUUUGAAUGUGUGGGAAUACGGUGACGUAAGCAAACGGACGCGUUGCAACACUUUUGUAGAUACGUAUGAAGGGUUCGCUUAUGCGCCGAGAAUGGCCCGAAAUCACUCAAUCAGACUGUAUCGGAAUACUUUCUGCAGGAUGUUAGACCUUAGCUACAUCGGCACUACCACAACGGAUGUCUCAUCUGAAGCCUUUGUCUAUCAAGUCAGCAAUUACAGUUAUUCUAUCAAUCCUAGUACGGAAUGUCUUUGUGGAAAAAUAAACGAAUGCAUCGACGGAAUAUCUGAUAUAUCGCCGUGUCUAUAUGGUCUAACUAUCGCUUUAUCUAAUGCCCACUUCUUGUAUGCAAAUCCCAAAGUGUAUGAACGUAUUGAGGGCAUCCGGCCUGAUGAGAAGGAACAUGGAAGUGAAUUUAUAAUAGAACCGAAAGUGGGAGCAGUUCUCAGUGGAAGAUUUACUAUUCAAGUAAAUGUAAUUAUUAAAGACGUCGAUUUCUACCCUCAAGUUAAACCAUUUUCAAAGAUGGUCGUGCCCCUCAGUUACUUUAAAAUUAUACAGCCCGAGUUAUCAGAAGAAAAUAAAAGAUAUGUAAGAAUAUCUAGUUAUUUUCUACCGUAUAUAGUUCAUGGCGUGGAGGUGCUGGUAUUCAUAAUUGGAUUGACAAUAUUGGUAUACGCUCUUUGUCAGAUGUAUCAACAGUGGCGUUGUUUUGGUGUACAAAUAAAUAAUGUGAUGCAUAAUGAUAAUCCUCAGGUGGAAACACCGUUGAUGGACGAGAAACUUAAAACUUUUGAAAUAAAUACUGACAUGCAAUUGAAGAUUUAG